CCUAACCCACCCCUCUUUCUUUAUAUACUCAUUCUUCAUCUUUAAAGACCAUCAUCUCUCUCUCUCACCCCAUGUGAUUCAACAGCAAAACCUUAGUGAAAACCCGGUGAAGCAAAGAACGAUGGCUUCUUCAGCAAGAAACUAUCAGUUGGUAAUCAUUCUGGUCAUGUUAACUUUUCUUAUAACUUCAUCUUCCGGUCAAGAACCUGAAUCCUCUCUCCUCCUCAAGUUCAAGUCUUCACUCGCAAACACCACCUUUCUUAGCAACUGGAAUGCAGCGGUGCCGCUUUGCGGUAGCAACAUUUCCUACUGGUACGGAUUGAUUUGCUACAACGGCAUAUUCAUCGGUCUCCAGCUCGAAAACAUGGGAUUAUCAGGGGAUCUUGACGUUGACGCUCUUUCCCAAUUAACUUCUUUACGUACUAUAAGUGUUAUGAACAAUAACUUUGAAGGGCCAUUGCCGGACGUGAGGAAACUUACAGGACUGAGAGGUUUGUUCUUAUCUAAUAACCGUUUCUCCGGUGAGUUGCCGGAUGAUGCUUUCGCCGGGAUAAAGUCAAUUAGGAGAAUUUUAUUGGCGAACAAUGGGUUUACGGGCAAGAUUCCAACGUCAUUAGUGGCAAUUCCAAAGCUUAUUGAGUUGCAGCUACAAGACAACAAGUUUGAUGGUACAAUACCUGCAUUUGCUCAGCCGGAUUUAGUAUUAGACUUUGCAAAUAAUAGACUUGAAGGUCCCAUACCACCUCUACUUAGCAACCUAAGCUUAAGGUCAUUUGAAGGAAAUUUGGACCUAUGUGGAAAGCCAAUGCCACCAUGUCUACCGUCAAAGGUUGAGGAACGAAAACUUUCAAAGAAGAAUGGAAUCAGAUAUAGAUCUAUCUAAUUGUUGAAAUAAAUAUGCUAUCUGUUUUUCUGAAUUAUGAAUAAUUGGGUAUGAAUAUGUUUUAGUGAAGUCAUUGAAUGGAAUUUUGUUUAGAUCUGUUUUCUUGAAUAGAUCAAUUAUGCAGCUAUAUAUUAUGAAUCAACACAGACAACUACGAUAUUUUAUAACCGUGUUCGCAACU